UGCGAUUACUGAAAGAAUCCUAGUCCUUUCAGAGAUCUAUUAAUUGUAAGUUAACUUAUAAAAGUGAAGUCUUUAAUUUAUUUAGAUAGGAAAGAAAAAGAAUUUUGUUGAAUCAAGUCAGUGAUCGUCAAUUAUAUAAAUUCUCUACUUCCAUAUAAGGAAUUGGUUCCACGGCCGGCCUAGAUAUAUCCACACCAAUAAUUUCCCAGGACGGUACCAUUCCAUAUUUACCAAGUAGAGAGCUCGAGGGAAGAACAGGGACACAUAACACGAUCUACAGUCGCAUAGACAAAACCACGGUUUGUGAUCUCCUUGUUUCCACUGCUGAUCUCCGGCAAUCUCUAGCUUGUUGUCACUUCUCUUUUGCUUUUGAUCGUUUCAAUGGAAUCCCAGUCGCCUGCUGAUCUUCCACCGGAUAUGAUCUUCGAGAUUUUAACCCGACUAUCUCUGGAAGAUAUCGGGAGAUGCAGGCUUGUUUCGAAGGAUUGGAACCUGACUACGUACGAGUCAACUUUCAUGCAACAGAAUUGUCAAAGAGCAAAAAUAAUAUCCGGGUGUUUCAUACAAAGCUGGUACAACAACGAGCCGUCUCCUCAGUUCGUCUCCAUCAACAACGUCUCGGAUUGCGACCAUAAACUUUCUCUAAGAUUCUUGCCCGGUCCUGUCAAAAUCGAAGCCGCCCCUAAACAAGGUAUUCUGUUAUGCGUGAAUGAUUAUCGAACAAAAAGAUUGAGAAUACCCGAGUAUUAUGUGUGCAAGCCCAGCACCAAAGAAUGGCACCAGAUACCGAAUCCAAAAACUCGGUAUUUUACUAAAAAGAUGGCGAUGUUGGUUCUAAGAUCAAAACCAUUACGCUACAAGAUAGUUCGAUUUUCACAACCAAAGUCUUCGUGCACCUGGUAUAAGUCUAUAUUGUAUAAUUGUUAUCGGUGUGAAAUUUUCGAUUCAGAAACAUGGGCGUGGAAAAGACUGAAAGAUGUGUUGUUGCCUUAUGGCAAGUUCAUUGGAUUUGAUCCUGCUGUGUCUGCAUGUGGUGUGCUUUACUCGCUUAUGCCUGACAAUGAAAUCUUCGCGUUUCAUGAAGAUACAGAGAGUUGGACAACCUUCGAACUGCCUUUCCCUCUGUGCAAGAAAUAUUAUUUCAAGUACAUGAAGCUUGUGGAAUACAGAGGCCGACUUGGGAUGCUUUGCAUGGGAGAGAACUUUAUAAUGCAACUCUGGGUAAUGGAAGACCAUGACAUGAAAAUAUGGAGUAAGAGAGAAACAAUAAGCAUUGAAUCCCUUCGGGAAGUGGAAACCCAUACUAUUCCUGCUGCCAUGGACAGUACUGGUGUUGCACUAAUGCAGGGAUAUUCCGCCCUAGUUUUUUAUGAUGUAAAAACUGGCAGGUCCAUUAAUGUCUGCAAGGUGGGGAUCAAGCCUCUCGAUGCAAUUUUUCCCUUCCAAUCUGAUUUAGAGCCGGUUCAUUUGAAGAAGAAAUCCUUUACAAGGGGUAGUACACUAGUAGUGUGGGAUCAGCUGGCCGGGGCUUGAGAUUUCCGAGAUUUCCC